GUCACCAAUGUGCAUACGGGUUUCAAGGAUACCACUGCUCCGGGCUUUCAACACAAUCUCCUGUUGUAAUUCCGUAUAGUUACUCUGCAGCUAAUGGGACAGGACUACACCGAAGACAUGCCAGAUACCCCAGGAUCCUGAGCUCCUCAUCCUGCGGGGGACAGUUGUGCCUGGGGAUUAUCUCAGGAUCAUGGAAGUCUCAUUUCUGACUCUGACCAUCAGCCUCGUCUUACUUGUCCUCUUCAUCACCUCAUUAUGGCAGAAGAAAAAGAAGUACCAAUUCCUGCCCCCAGGACCGACCCCCUGGCCUCUGCUGGGGAACCCUGUCUAUAUGAUGAGAAGAAAAGGAGCCACAUAUUACCCAGAGCUUCAUAGGAAAUACGGCCCGGUAUUCACCAUUUGGAAACUGACGGAACCGGUUGUGGUUCUCUGUGGAUAUGAGGUGGUGAAAGACGCCCUGAUUACUCAUGGCGAGCAGUUUAGUGGGCGCCCAUAUACACCCGUAGCACAUAUACAAAAUAAAGGAUUUGCUUUAUCCAGUGACAUUGGCGAUCUAUGGCGCUACCUUCGGCGCAGCACCUUGAUGUUACUGAGGAAUUGUGGUAUGGGAAAGAACGUGCUGCAAGAUAAAGUUCUACAAGAGGCUGAACACCUGAUAAAGGCUAUAAAUGAAACAGGAGGGAAGCCAUUUAAUGCCUUCUGCUUCCUGGCGUUUGCUACGUCUAAUGUCAUCAGUAUGAUUUUGUUGGGGAAGCGCCAUGAUUACCAGGACAAGCAGCUGAUGGAACUUAUUUCAUACAUUAGGCUGCACAUAAACAACUUCCAGUCCAUCAGUCAACAGCUGUGCAACAUAUUCCCCUUUCUCCUCCGUAUCCCAGCCGUCAGCAGAUACAUCUUCAAAUCAAACUCCUAUCUUCACUCCCUUCUCCAAAAGGAGAUUGAUCGCCACAAGCAAACGCUGGACAGCAGCUCUCCCCAGGAUUUUAUUGAUCACUUCUUACUGAAGAUUAAAGAGGAGGCUUCAGACACAAAUGACUAUUUAAGUGACAAUGGGCUCCUCACGACAAUUACCGGCCUAUUGGCAGCAGGGACUGACACUACCACCACCAGUCUGAAGUUCAGUCUAGUGGUUAUGGCUCAUUUCCCCGAUAUCCAGGCGAAAGUACAACAGGAAAUAGAUAAAGUUAUAGGGACACAGCGCCCUGUUGGGACAAAGGACAGAGCACAGAUGCCUUAUACCAAUGCUGUUAUCCAUGAAUCCCAGCGAUUACUAGAACUGGCAACUAUAGGAAUUGGUCAUGCUGUGACAGAGGAUACUCAUUUUCAUGGAUACAUCAUACCAAAGGGGACAGCAAUUAUCCCCUACUUCUCUUCAGUGAUGAAAGACCCAACCCAGUGGGAAACACCAGACGAGUUUAACCCAAAGCAUUUUCUUGAUGAUAAAGGACAGUUUUGCACAAAACCGGCAUUCAUGGCAUUUUCUGCAGGAAAGCGUGUGUGCCUCGGGGAGAACUUAGCUCGCAUGGAACUCUUUCUGUUCUUCUGCUCCUUACUCCAACGAUUCACAUUCAGCGUUGCUCCUGGGAACAAGACACAGAGCGCAAAAUCUCUGAGAGAUAACAAGUUAAUGCAUAUCGGAGUCUUGCAGAUUUGCGCUGUUCCACGAAACGCCAGUUCUAAUUGACAUUAUCCUGAAAUGAAGAUGAGAUCAAAACUUAAUAAAAACAAUACAGCUCAAAACGUUUUUGUUAACCAAUGUAUUUAGAGGUAGAAAGUAAAUACGUAUUCUUAUUUAGGUGCUGAACAAAAAAUGGGCCUGUUCCUAAGCUUACAUUCCUACUUUUCAAAUAAAGAUAGCCAAGAGUUUUUUUUUUCCCCCUCUCCCUCUUCCUCUCUUUACCCCUCUUUCAGCUUAUUUCCUCACCUUCUUCUAACCACACAACUCUUUUCUGAAAAAUAAGUUAAUCACAAUAAUAACACCAAUGGACUCUCAGGUACCAAGGAUCUUUCUCAUCAUUGUAUUGCACUUUUAUUUGAAAAAUGACUGUUAAAAUGUCAAGCUCUUUUGAAGAAACGCUGGCAAUGAACAGCUUUGGACUUUGAUGAAAAUAUGUCUAACCAAUAUAAUAUAUAUUGCCAGAUGUAACUUCUUUAUUUGUUAAUGAUAAUUACUUACAUUUGAUCAAUAAAGCUUGUUUUGGAA